AUGGUCAAGUGGGAGAACGACAAGAAUGCCUACAUUCUAGGAGCAGCACUGGCAGCACUGAAUGCUUCCAUCACUAACGAAAUUGCCGAAGCUGUUAUUGCCGGUUGGCCAACUUCCACCCUAGGCGAAGCACCCACCCUCCGCGCCGUCAAGGACCAAAUCAAGAAACUGUCUUCUGCUUCUGCUUCCCCUGCUCCUACCGCCACCGUCCCUGCGCAAAAGACUGGUGUCAAGAAGCCCAGAGCUACAAAGAGCAACGGAAAAGCCAACAAGGGCAAGAAGAGAGUUCGUGAUGACGAUGACGAGGAAGAGGGAGAAGAUGAGGAGCAGGCUGAGGACGAUGGAGAUGAGGAAGGUCUGGCUAAAAAGCAGAAGGUUGCUGUUAAGCAGGAGGAAGUGGAUGGAGAUGAGGAUGAAGAUGCAGAGGUUUGA